AUGCCCGCACCUUGCGCGUCAAUUUUCCUUCCUCGCACUACCCGUGUUUCUGCAUCUAACCACCUCAUGGCCAAUCCAUCCAAGAAGAAGACUACAGCUGCUCCAGGCCAAUCUGGUAAAAAGCGUGCUUUGGAGCCUGAGGCCGAACACCGACGCACCCGUGUUCGUACGAACUUGGACCCCAGCAAUGCACCCGCCAAAGCAAGCACACGGAAGACACGAUCAAGCGUCGGUACAGCAGCUGCAAAGUCGGGCACACAUUUGGUCAAGCCUACAGCCAAAUCGUCGUCGGCCACAUCAUCUUCCAAGCCUACCAAUGCAUCCCAGAAGUCAACGGCCCCGUCCGCAACUUCCAAAUUCGCAAAAGCACAAGCCAAACCGACACGGCGCUACAACGCUGUCGUUCCCACCAGCGAUGAGGAGGAUACUGGUGCAGGACAUGAAGUCCUGGGUAACCUCUAUGGAGAAGACGAUGAAGACGACGAGGGCUGGAAUGGCGAGGAGGAAGAGCAAGCUGAGGAAGUAGAUGAGUACGAUGGUUUAGAUGAGGACACCCUUGCCGCUGAGUCUGUCUCGUUCGCUGAGGACCACACCCGUCCUGGCAGUGCUGGGAUCAAUGAAGAAGAAUUGCUUGUCGAUGACGAUGGAGACUUGGAGGAGGGGCGCCAGGAUGACCAUCAAGCAAACAAGGCUUCCACCAAGCGUGCAAAGGACCGUCGUGAAGAGGUUCCGGUUUUCUCAACCCCUACUCGCCGCCGUAAUGGUGAAGUAGUGGAGCACUUGGGCGUCGCUUCCCCGGUGUAUCCCUCUGAUGACGAAGAGGCAGAGGAAGAGGAUGAUCUCCCUGCUGGGGAGGAUGAAGAUGUUGACGCUCUCCCUGCCCCUGGCUCACGCUCGCUGAUUCCGACGUCGAUGUCCCUUCAAGAUAAACAGUGGCCUGUCGCAAUCCGUCUGGUCUUACCAGACUCUGGCAAGCGUUGCCUCAAGCUUUUGGCCCAGCGACCCAUUGUCAAGUCGGUCCUCACUGCUGGCAUCACCGCUAUUGUAGAGCUAUGCUAUUUUAGCAGGGGCCCUUUCAUCUCUAUCGCAUAUGGUUACCGCGUUCCUCGCAAGCUUCUCAUGAAGGUUGCCGGGGACCUUGCCAAGGACCAUCCGAACAUUGGCUACGAAGAUUUCGCCCAACGUGUUAGCAAGGAUUCUGAGUAUGGAAUCCUUGUUGCUCGUCUUCUCAUGCAGCGUGUUGCCAACCUUCGUGGAAAUUGGAAGAAGGUUGCUGCUCAAAAAGUCGAAGCCGUGUUUGGUCUUCAUGUCACCGGCCGGGGUCAAGCGAAAAGGAUUUCCAGCCUUGUCAAGAAGGAGAUUAAAGGUCUCACUUUUGUCUACCCCCGUAAUGCGUCCGGUGGCAUUGUUGCCACCGAGCCGUUCAUGCAUCAAUGUGUACUUCAGGUCAUCCACGAGUGCAUUUUCAGGAAGACUGGGAAACAAUCUACAGCUCAGAAAUACGACGAUAAGUUUCGCAAGGUCGACUUCGUCAAGGACGACAACACCUUGACUCGCAAAGUGGUUACCGACGCGAUGGUUUGUUUUGCAGCUACUGUAGUGCACGCCGCGCUGGAUGACUGGGCACACGGCCACCGGAUUUCCACCAACUUCAAUGCCGACACCUAUGAAGAUGUGUUCCACACUAUGAUGGAAGUUGUUGAUACUGUCCGCAAGGUUCGCAACGGUGCAGCAUAUAACACCUUGAUGGCCCGGAUCUACACCGAGUGCAGCAAAGGAACUCCUUCUGCCAGUGCUGCUUCUGUCGAAGAAGCUGUAGCGAGGAUCGACCUUGACAACAUGCCUACCGACAUCACCUUAUUUGAAUGCAACGACGACGAGGGCGAGGAUGAAGAUGUCGGAGAGCAGGCUGAGACUUCAUCGGCUACGGCUUAG